UUCCCGGGAAUGAUUGUAUAAUAUCCAAAUCUGGGAUUUUCUUUUACAUAAAAAAAAGGUGAAAAUCGACCGUGAGGAAGGGACAGUAAAAAGUCAAAAUGCUUGACAACAAAGCGCAGAGAUCGAAGCCACAGUCGAGAGGUUCGUCUUUUUAUAUUGAGAAUUUGCUGGGGACUACAAACAGAGGGGAUUCCGCCGAGGAGCGGGUGGGGAGCCCGAGCAUCAGAGUUACCGUCCACAGGCCGGUGAUCCGUCCGGGACUAGAAACAAAACGUGUGGAGGACAGAGAAGUGUUAACCUGGAGAUCGCCAAACACAGCGUACCACACCUCGAGAAGUCCUCCGUACAGGGAUGAACACACAGACCCAGAGCAGACGAGCGACCGGGAUUCUCCAACUUUAAAAAGAGGGCGGGCGGAGGAGAGCGAGGAGCCGGAGGAGAGGGGGGAGGAUAGUUUGACGGAUGACAGGGAGGAGGACGACGCGCGCUCCUCCUGCCUCUCUCGGGAAGACAGCUGUGACACAGGUGACAUGAAAAUGGCGCGUAAGAAGAAGACCCGCACCGUCUUCAGCCGGAGUCAGGUGUUCCAGCUCGAGUCCACCUUCGACCUGAAGCGCUACCUGAGCAGCUCAGAGCGAGCCGGGCUCGCCGCCUCGCUGAAACUCACCGAGACCCAGGUGAAGAUCUGGUUUCAGAACCGCAGGAACAAAUGGAAGAGGCAGAUCGCCGCGGACAUUGAGGCCAACACCGUCAACUACCCUGCGCAGAGGGUCGUCAGGGUUCCCGUGUUGUAUCACGAAAGCGUCACGACGCCGGUGACGCUGACCGGCCUGCCUCCGGUCGGCUUCUCCGGUUCUAUCAGCUACCCAUUGACUUCUCACUUCACCCAUCCGGUGUCGUUCAUAACGCCACAGAUGACUGGACUGGUGUGACUUUAAAAAGGGCCCUUGAACUUGUGACUCUUUGACGCCAGUUGAAUCAAAUAAAGAUGCUGCAAUAAAAUUCAUUUUAGUUACAGACCCUGUAAAGUCAGAUCAUAAUAAAGUCCAUUCAUCCUGUGUUCAACUGGUUCUUUUAGAAAAGGUGGAUCACUCAUGUUGUAGGUCACCAUGAACAAGUUCUUUCAACAUGAAGUACUAGCUGUCCUGACUUAAGGAUGUUUUUGGCUCUUUAACCCACAAUCAACCCUGUCCUCAGGCCAUCAUGGAGGACAAUUCUCGCCAACUCACAAGGGUAUGGAUGCUGGACACAAAUAAGGAUCAAAUGAGGGUGCAUAGAAGAUCUUGAGCUUGUCAAACAAAGCCUUUGUAAAGCUACGAAAACAACUCUGCGAGUCGAGAAUGUGAACUCACAACACAAAGAAAACAGAUGUUUGUGAACAGAUUCAAACUGCGAAACUCAAGAGAGUUCCCACACUGUGCGAAAGUCACAGAUGAACCGCACAUCCCGAGUAACAACUAUGAACUCUGCCAAAACCCUAACCCCCUUUUUCAUCUGGUGGUUAGUUCGGCUUUUAAUAAGUGUAAUCUCAGCACACAACACGUUAAAAAUAUCCUUUCUAAACAGGCCACACACUUUUGAAACAAUGUUUCACAACCCUCUGAAUCUUUUUGGACCCUCAUUUGAGCCCAUAUACAUAAACUUGGAAUAUUAUGCAACAUAUCCUGGGUCAAGUCUAGAAAAUGCAUAUACUUGAUCAUAAAAGGCAUUAAUGUGUAUGUGUGACUGUUUUGAUUGGCUGUGACACAUUUCUUUUUUUAUUUAAGAGGACUUUAAUACUUUUGUACACCGAUAUGUUCACGUGUGAAUAAAAUAUAAGCACACACUGUUUUGUGGGGUCUCAUUUGUGGGUCAACUUUAGUGUUUACUGCAAGAAAUGUAGUCUGUAAGUGCAUGUUAAUGAGUUUCAUGGAGUAAAUCAGUGACUUGAGGUUUGUGGACAAAUUCAGAUGUUGGAUUAAAAAGACAAAUUCAAGUUUACAGGGUACAUGUUGUGCUGUGGAGAAAGUCAAACAAUGGUUUGAAGCAUUACUUAGGUCAUAAUUCU